AAUAGUUCAUACAGGAGAGAAACCUUUUGAAUGUACGGAAUGUGGGAAAAGAUUUUCCCGCUCAAGUACACUCAUUACACAUCGAAGAAUUCAUACAGGAGAGAAACCUUAUGAAUGUCAGGAAUGUGGGAAAACAUUUUCUCACUCAAGUAAUCUCAUUUCUCAUAGAAGAAUUCAUACAGGAGAGAAACCGUAUGAAUGUAAGGACCAUGGGAAAAAGUUUUGCUACUCAGAUACCCUCAUGCAACAUAGAAGAGUUCACACAGGAGAGAAACCAUUUGAUUGUAAGGAAUGUGGGAAAAUAUUUUCUCAAUCAAAUAACCUCAUUUCUCAUAGAAGAAUUCACACAGGAGAGAAACCUUAUGAAUGUAAGGAAUGUGGGAAAACAUUUUCUCACUCAAAUAGCCUUAUUCGACAUAAAAGAAUUCAUACAGGAGAGAAACCUUACGAAUGUAAGGAAUGCGGGAAAACAUUUUCACUCUCACGUUACCUCACAGAACAUCGUAGAAUUCACACAGGAGAGAAAUGUUAUGAAUGUAAGGAAUGUGGGAAAAGAUUUUCUCACUUAAGUAAACUCAGUUCUCAUAGAAGAAUUCAUACAGGGGAAAAACCUUAUGAAUGUAAGGAAUGCGGGAAAACAUUUUCUCAAUCAAGUAAACUCAUUGAUCAUAGAAGAAUUCAUACAGGAGAGAAACCUUAUGAAUGUCAGGAAUGUGGGAAAACAUUUUCACGAUCAGAUGGCCUCACUAAACAUAGUAGAAUUCACACAGGAGAGAAACCUUAUGAAUGUCAAGAAUGUGGGAAAACAUUUUCUCACUCAAAUAACCUUGUUCGACAUAAACGAAUUCAUACAGGACAGAAACCUUACGAAUGUAAGGAAUGUGGGAAAACAUUUUCACUCUCACGUUACCUCACGGAACAUCGUAGAAUUCACACAGGAGAGAAACCUUAUGAAUGUAAGGAAUGUGGGAAAAGAUUUUCUCAAUUAAGUAAACUCAGUUCUCAUAGAAGAAGUCAUACAGGGGAAAAACCUUAUGAAUGUAAAGAAUGCGGGAAAACAUUUUCUCGAUCAACCUCAUUCCACAUAGAAGAAUUCAUACAGGAGAAAAACCUUAUGAAUGUAAAGAAUGUGGGAAAACAUUUUCACUCUCAGGUAACCUCACUAAACAUAGUAGAAUUCACACAGGAGAGAGGGCAUUUGAAUGUCAAGAAUGUGGAGAAACGUUUAGGCACUCACGUCAGCUCAGUAAGCAUCGAAGAAUCCACCCCCUGA